GACUGAGGAGCCCAGGGGCGGGGUGGGAAGGAGGACCGGCCAACCUUGGGGUGUGGGACGGAGAGUGCGUGCCUGUGUGUGUGUGCGUCUGUAAGGGAAGGAAGGUGGCGAAGGGAGGAGAGUCCGAGUGGGUGGCGGGAGGGGAAGGGCGGGAGAAGAAAAAGGUGGGAGGAGAGCCAGGUGGGAGGGUGGCGACUCACUCAGGACCCAGUGGGGGCAGCGCGAUGAGGCGGGUGACCCUGUUCCUUAACGGCAGCCCCAAGAAUGGAAAGGUGGUCGCGGUGUAUGGAACUUUAUCUGAUUUGCUUUCUGUGGCCAGCAAUAAACUCGGCAUAAAAGCCACCAGUGUGUAUAAUGGAAAAGGUGGACUGAUUGAUGAUAUUGCUUUGAUCAGGGAUGAUGAUGUUUUGUUUGUGUGUGAAGGAGAACCAUUUAUUGAUCCUCAGACAGAUUCCAAACCACCUGAAGGGUUGUCAGGAUCUCACACAGACUGGCUAACAUUAAAUGUUGGAGGGCGGUACUUUACAACUACACGGAGCACUUUAGUGAAUAAAGAACCCGACAGUAUGCUGGCCCACAUGUUUAAAGAUAAAGGUGUCUGGGGAAAUAAGCAAGACCAUAGAGGAGCUUUCUUAAUUGACCGAAGUCCUGAGUACUUUGAACCCAUCUUGAACUACCUGCGUCACGGACAACUAAUUGUAAAUGAUGGUAUUAAUUUAUUGGGUGUGUUAGAAGAAGCUAGAUUUUUUGGUAUUGACUCAUUGAUUGAACACCUAGAAGUGGCAAUAAAGAAUUCUCAACCACCAGAGGAUCAUUCACCAAUAUCUCGAAAAGAAUUUGUCCGAUUUCUGCUAGCCACUCCAACCAAAUCAGAAUUGCGUUGCCAGGGUUUAAACUUCAGUGGUGCUGAUCUUUCUCGUUUGGACCUUCGAUACAUUAACUUCAAAAUGGCCAAUUUAAGCCGCUGCAAUCUUGCCCAUGCUAAUCUCUGCUGUGCAAAUCUUGAACGAGCUGAUCUCUCUGGAUCAGUGCUUGACUGUGCAAAUCUCCAGGGAGUGAAGAUGCUCUGUUCUAAUGCAGAAGGCGCAUCCCUGAAACUGUGUAAUUUUGAAGAUCCUUCUGGUCUUAAAGCCAAUUUAGAAGGUGCUAAUCUGAAAGGUGUGGAUAUGGAAGGAAGUCAAAUGACAGGAAUUAACCUGAGAGUUGCUACCUUAAAAAAUGCAAAGCUGAAGAACUGUAACCUCAGAGGAGCGACUCUGGCAGGAACUGACUUAGAGAACUGCGACCUGUCUGGGUGUGACCUUCAAGAAGCCAACCUGAGGGGUUCCAACGUGAAGGGCGCCAUCUUUGAGGAGAUGCUGACACCACUACACAUGUCCCAAAGUGUCAGAUGAGGGUCCCAGAGCUGAAGCAAGAGGCCGAAGAUGGAAAAUGUUUUCCUUACCACUUUUCUUUCUCCACCCACUCAGUUGUCUAGAAGAAAUAACACUGUAAGGAAAUUUAAAAAAAAAAAAAAAAAAUUAGAGGAUUAUGCUUGUUUUCAGUGGUGCGUAAAGGAAAAAAGUGACUUUUUUCCCCCACUUUCUGAUUUUAACAGAGAAGCACUCAUUUAAUAGACAUAGGGAAGCUAGAUGAGAUUGUUGCCUUUUGAGUGGAGUAGGGGGACCUGCCUGGCUUUGUGACCAGGAAUAGUAUCUAUUAUAUUUGCUUUUAAAUAGGCAUGAUGUGGAAAUACCAUCUUAAAUUUGAAAUGCAUUUGAAAUUUAAUUUAUGAAAAGCACAACUUAUGCAAUUAUAUUUAUUGAAUCUCUAGAUGCAGUAUGGAUAUUUAAAUUGUUAAAUCUUAUGAAAAUUUUGAAAAGGUUGUUCAGGUUUAUAAAUAGCUUUAGUGAUGCCUACCCUACUUCGAAAUACCUGUCCCACCCCGUGAAUAAUGGUGAGAUCAGACUCCCCAAGGCUCUCUUUUCAGGUUCCUUUUUAUAAUUAAAAAAACAAAACAAAACAAAACAUUAGGAGUGCCCGUUGUGUCUCAGCAGCCGUUGUGUCUCAGCGGUAACAAACCUGACUAGUAUCCAUGAGGAUGCAGGUUCAAACCCUGGCCUCGCCCAGUGGGUUGGGGAUCUGGUUUUGCCACAAGGUAUGGUGUAGGUCACAGAUGAGGCUCGGAUCCCACAUUGCUGUGGCUGGGGUAUAGGCCAGCGGCUACAGCUGAGAUUCACCCUCUAGCCUGGGAACCUCCAUAUGCCAGGGGUGCAGCCCUAAAAAGACUUUAAAAAAAAAAAAUUAGCUAAAUAAAGAAAUGCUUUGUUGCUGAUUGAGACAGAGCAGAAGGAAAGAGACAUUAUUGUCCAUUGUUGUCAGCUGAAGGUACAGUGGAACUCUCUGGACGGAGGAAGGAUUUACCUAGAGCUACAACUUUUAAAUGAGCAUUCCUUGGGAUUUGAUUCUAAGCAAGUUCCACUCAAUGCUAGACCAGGCAAUUCUGUCAAAAAUUUACACUACCAGCCUAGUUUCCUCCUGUAUAGUCAAAACAAACAUAGGAAGAGAUAGUUCAAAAAGCCAAGGCACAUAAUUAACAUUCAUUUCAUGUAAAUGCCAAAUAGUUUAAACUGGGCCAUCUUGGAAAUAUUAAAUCCCAGUCCACUGCAAUCAAAGCUAUAAAAUAUGCAUAUGGCCAAUUUAUCUUUUAGAAGUCAGCAUAGUUGCAGCUCAAACCCUAAAAAGGGGAGUGAGAGAUUUUAAACUGACUGUUGGAUUUUAAUUUUCAAAAAAACUUAAAUGAAAAUAAGGCAUUGGGCUGGUCCAAGAUGUAAUACCAGUCAGUUAGCACCUGUGGUUGUUUCUAGUUUGUUGUCUUUUAAUAAGUUUUAGCCUGGCCUGAUUUUUUUGAGGCAUUACCUUGGUGGCAACAGGGCAGGGCCUGUACUUCCUCACAGUAACCAGUGUCCUUGUGUCUGUCCCCAAGCGCAGGGAUCUAAGCUGUGUCCAAAAGGGUUCUGAAUUCUCCAGGCUCAUCCGUUUGAAGCAAGGAAUCAUCAAAAAACCACUUUGUCUCCUUUGGGAGAAUGACAUGUCUUCAAUAUUUACAUAGUUUAUUCUUCUAUAUAUACAUAUGCAAAGCUUUCCUUAACAGUAAAGGGUACAUAUGCAUAGUGGGAGGAGAUCAGACCUUUACAGGUGAAGGAAAGCAACUUCAGAAAUGAAUUAUUUUCGUUGCUUUAUUAUUUUUACCGAGACAGAGAAGUAUUGUAUUGAGAGAUAUCUAUUUUCAUAAUCAAUAUAUGCCUAAAUUAUAUUUAAAUCAUUUCAUUCUGUACUAUAUUUUCAAUAAUCAUAGACUCUGUUGUUCAUCCACUUAAGGGCACCUCUGUAGACAUAACCUAAAACUGCAGAAGAAUCUGAAAGAUCCAAACAUGCCAUGCGUAGAAAAUGCAGAUUUGGGAUCUGAUGUGUAACUGCAUUAAUAAACGAUGUGAAAUGUUGGAAA